AUGGAAGGAGUCUUACUGUUUUUUAUAGUGACAGGUUUAUCUGGAGUUCUGUCGGUGUGCAACAGAUAUACAGGACCUAGCGGAGUAACGGAAUGUGUAAGGUUUUCCGGAUACAACAACCAAUAUCAAUGGGCUACCUGUCUUACCAAUACAUAUAUACAAGCUAAAUCAAGUAAGAGACACGUAUGUCGAGAUUCCACCACAACCUAUUGCUACUACCAGUGUAUGUUGGAAUCUUUUGGAGAGGAAAGGGGAUCUGUUAACAGGGCUUGUUCGUGUACAGCAGGAGAGGCAUACAGAGGACAGAAUCUUAAAUUACCAUCUGAAUGUUACAGUCCCUCUGGUAGAAGUUGUGAUUGGUAUUUAGAAUGUUUACACAAGAAAUAUCCAUGUUCUGAGACUGGUGAUGAUUAUGCCUUGACCUAUGCGACCAAAUUCUGUAAACUUUAUGAAAAACACCAUUCUGCAUUUUCCAAGGCCGUACAAAAAUGGGUGGACAGUGUCCGAAAAUGUUUACAAGUGUCAUUGGUACCAUAUAUUCGUCCCUAUUCUGAUUUGUCCUGUGCCGAAUUGAUGAAAGUAGUCUUUGAUUCUCAUGUUCCCUGUUAUGUUAAACCUGAUGAACAAGACGAGAAUGUUACCAUUUGCAACUUGGGAGUUGACGAUUUCAUGAAAAUAUUUUUAACCCUUAGAUCGAGCUUGAUAGUGCCUCUUGAAUCUAGCGUUAAGUCUUUGUCUGGUAUUUUCAGUACACGGACGACAUGCGCUAGUUUGAAUGUCCUGGAUUUCUCCAAUAAUGCCACUAUGCGGUAUGUGAAAUUGAAGGUCGCAUAUGAGAACAAUUCUGAAAGGAAACAAACUAAUAAUGUGAGUGAUUUGAAAAGAGCAAAUGAUAUCGGCAACCACAUCGCUAACCAACUUGGUUGGGAUAAACAAGGAGUAACUUGGUUUACGUUUGCUGCAAAUAGUUCGAAUUCAGAAUUAGAAUUUAACAUUUUGGUAGCAGACCGUUCCCGGUAUGAUUUGAACACUGAAAAUUCUCAAAGUGCUGAUUUAAAUGGGGUUUUGGAUAAUUUACAGGAUCAACUCGGAAAAGGUCUGAUUACCUCUUCGAAACCCCAGUUGACAUUCCAUGCCCUGUCAUUGGCUACAUGCUUAGAUGUCGAUUGUAAAAAUGUAACGACCCGUUAUAUUCUUUUCUAUAUCACACAACCAAAUUCUAAAGAAGCGACGUUCUGCAUACGUCAAAUGAUUGGACAACUGAUAUUUUGUUUUCUGAUUGUUGGAAACUUCAUUGAUUUUUAA